AUGCAAGAGUCCAACCAGUCCUCUGUGACUGAAUUCAUCCUUCUGGGCUUCUCCCUCAGUCCCUGGACCACUGCUCUGCUCUUCCCUGGCUUCCUGAUCACCUACCUGUUGAUCAUUCUGGGCAAUGGCUUGAUUGCCAUCCUCAUCUGUCUGGACUCUCACCUCCAUACACCCAUGUACUUCUUUAUUGGCAUCCUUUCCUUGUUGGAUCUGGGCUAUACCACAACAACUGUACCCCAGAUGUUGGCACAUAUGGCCAGCCAGAAGAAGACCAUCUCUUUUGCCAGAUGUGUGGCCCAAAUGUACAUUUUCUUGAUGUUAGGCAUUACUGAGUCCUGGCUUUUUGCCAUCAUGUCUAUAGACAAGUAUGUGGCCAUCUGCCACCCACUCAGGUACAAGGUCAUCAUGAGUACUUGGCUAUGUGGGAUAAUGGUCAUCUUCUGUGGACUCUGGGGUGUUAUAGCUGCUCUUAUCUACACUGUCUUUGCCAUGCAUCUGCCCUACUGUGGCCCCAACAAGAUAAACCACUUCUUCUGUGAAGUCCCUGCAGUCUUGAAGCUGGCCUGUGCAGAUACCUCAGUCAAUGACCAGAUAGACUUCAUUCUUGGCUUUAGUGUCAUCCUGGUCCCACUCUCUCUCAUCCUUGUCAUCUAUGUCAACAUCUUCAUUGCCAUCUUGAGGAUCCGCUCAGCCCAGGGGCGGCUCAAGGCCUUCUCCACGUGUGCCUCCCACAUCACUGUGGUCACCAUGUUCUGUGUUCCAGCCAUGGUCAUGUACAUGAGGCCUGGCUCUGAGGCCUCCCCAGAAGAGGACAAGAAACUGGCUGUAUUCUACAAUGUCAUCUCAGCCUUCCUCAACCCUGUCAUAUACAGCCUCCGGAACAAGGACGUGAAGAGGGCUUUCCUCAAGGUGACAGGCUGGGGCAGGGCCCCAGAAUGA